CCCUCCUCACUCCUCACUCCUCUCCCUCCCUCUCCCUCCUCAUCCCUCUCCCUCCUCACCCCUCACCAUCACUCCUCUCCCUCUCACCUCUCUCCCUCUUCAGCUCUCUCCCUCACUCUAAUUUCCACCGUCAAGUCCUUUCCCAUUUAUCCGUUCUAUCCCCCUUCACCCCCGACCUCACUCCUCCAUCAUCAACUCCCCCUCCCACCAUCCCUCCCUUCUUCCCCUGAUAAAGCUGCAGCCAUGACGUCGGCCACUCCCCCCUCCUCGCGCGGCUCCUCCCCCCAGAAGGAGUGUCACUCCAUGACACAGACGGAGGUUCUGAAGCCGCUGCUGGGGGCAGGGGGGGCGGAAGGGGGGGGCAGCGUCCGACGGAGACGGCGCGUUCUCUCCAAGGACGGGCACAGCAACGUGCACAUCGAGCAUGUGAGCGGCCGUGGGGCGAUGUACCUGCGUGACAUCUGGACGACCUUCCUGGACAUGCAGUGGCGCUACAAGCUCUUCCUGUUCUCGGCCACCUUCGCCGGGACCUGGUUCCUGUUCGGGGUUCUGUGGUACCUGGUGGCGCUGGUGCAUGGAGACCUGCUAGAGUUUGACCCUCCGUCCAACCACACCCCGUGUGUGAUGCAGGUGCAGACUCUGACGGGGGCGUUCCUCUUCUCACUGGAGUCGCAGACCACAAUUGGCUACGGCUUCCGUUGCAUCACAGAGGAAUGUCCCGCUGCCAUCAUCCUCCUCAUCCUCCAGCUGGUCAUCACCAUGGUGCUUGAAAUCUUCAUCACUGGAACCUUCCUUGCCAAGGUGGCGCGGCCCAAGAAGAGAGGAGAGACAGUGAAGUUCAGUCAGUACGCUGUGGUGUCCAAUCACGAGGGCCGACCCUGCCUCAUGAUCCGUGUGGCUAACAUGCGCAAGAGCCUGCUGCUGGGCUGCUCGGUGACGGGGAAGUUGCUCCAGACGUCCCAGACCAAGGAGGGGGAGACGAUGCGUCUGGACCAGAGGAACGUUCCCUUCCAGGUGGACACGUCCAGCGACAGCCCCUUCCUCAUCCUCCCCCUCACCUUCUACCACAUCAUAGACGACAGCAGCCCGCUCAGAGCCUGGGCUGCCAAGGGAGGGGGAUGGACGGAUCCGGAUCUGGCAGACUUUGAGCUGCUGGUGAUCAUGAGUGCCACGGUAGAGCCCACAUCCGCCACCUGCCAGGUGCGCACCUCCUACCUGCCUGAUGAGAUCCUGUGGGGGUAUGAGUUCCCCCCCGUGGUCUCCCUGUCCCCGUCUGGGAAGUAUGUGGCGGACUUCACCUUCUUCGACAAGGUGGACAAAACGAAAACCCCGCCCCUCUUCAAACAGGGGUCCCCCCCAAGCCCGGCCAUGCACUCGUCCCGCAGCAGCAGAGGGGGCGCAGAGGAAGGGGCGGACCCAGAGAAGAUUAAACUAGAGGAGAGCUAUCGAGGGGAGGGGAGGGGGAGGGGCAGGGGGAGGGGGAGAGACAGUAGCCCCCUCAGUGUCCGUAUCAGUAAUGUAUAGAGAGAGAGAGGAUGGAGGGAGAGAGAGAGAGGGAGAGAGAGAGAGAGAGAGAGAGAGAGAGAGAGAGAGAGAGAGAGAGAGAGAGAGAGAGAGAGAGAGAGAGAGAGAGAGAGAGAGAGAGAGAGAGAGAGAGAGAGAGAGAGAGAGAGAGCAUGAAUGAGAUGGAAUGAGAGAGUUACGAGAGACGAGAAAAGAGAGCAGACUGUAUGGAGAUUGAUAACUUAUCAAGUGAGAAUAUAAAGUUGAAGGAAUGAGAGAUGAGCUGCUCCUCAGUUGGGAAAUGUGAACACACACACAGACACACACGCUCCUUUUUUGGACUUUAUGUGUUUGUAUCGCCCCUUGUAAGGAUUCAACAGGUGAUGUCCUUCAAAAGAACAAAAUACAUCCCAUUUGUGUCUACUGUCCUGUAAUCAAAGAUGGACCAAGAAAGCUUUUUAAACUUAAUUUGUCUGUAUUUUUUAUAAGAAGACUUUGUGUGACUGGAAAGGUCAAGGUUGACUGGUUUACCAGGACAAAACAUGGUUCACGAGGACAUAAUCAAAGGAACCAUGCAGUGGAGGCUGCUGAGGGGAGGACGGCUCAUAAUAAUGUCUGGAACAGAGUAAAUGGAUUGGCAUCAAACACAUGGAAACCAUGAUAACAUUACACUUAUUCCACUCCAACCAUUACCACAAGCCCAUCCUCCCCAAUUAAGGUACCACCAUCCUCCUGUGGAAUCAUUGUACUGUUACUGUUUUUAACACAGAAAGGUACUCUGUCUGCAGGACAUGAGAGUGGAAAUACUGGAUAUUUUUUUUUGAAGGAUUUUGAUUGAAUAUAUGAUAUUGUAUGUAUACUGUAUGUAUCUGUCCCUAACGAUGCGAUAUCCAGCAGUACUUAUUCAUCUGAGUAUAUGCUUAGCAGGGUUGGGUUCCAUUCCAUUUAAAUUCCGGUAAAUUCAGAAAGUAAACCAAAUUCCAAUUCCAAAUUUUCAUUGUCACUCAUUGAAAAGCACUGAAGAGAAAUUAAAUUGGAAUUGGAAUUUCAGUGUACUUCCUGAGUUGACUAGAAUUUCAGUGUACUUCCUGAGUUGACUAGAAUUGAAAUGUAAUUCAUUCCAACCCUGAUCUUUAGUGUUUCUGUUAUUUUUUACUUUAUUUUUCACUGGAAAAUAGGUAUGUUAACAAUACUAAAAGCACUUUAACUUGAUGUUUGUGUACACAAGCAUAUUUAUAUGUUUCAGUCAAUGUGCGUGCGAGACUGCAUGUAUGUGUGUUUUAACAUAUUCAUGUUCAUAUGCAUGUACUUGUUAUUCCUCCUGUACUUCAAUACCUGAUCACUGCUGUGGUCAUUCUAAAACGUGCCACUAAACUGUGCCUUUUGAUGUGCCAGUGUCUGUGCAGUCGAGCAUCAUAUUUCAAUAUCAUAUGGUGUGGUUAGCUGAUAUGUUAAACACCUAUCCACUCGUUGCGAGAUCUGGCAGGCGUCUGCAAUGAAGUCAGGCAAGAAUGCUACCAUUACCUGUGAUUGGUUAUAAUGUGUUGACCAGGCCAGGUCCCAUCUGUAAUACUGCAACCUCAUCACCCUAACAGAUAAUAUUCUAUGAAGUGUUACCCAGGCCAGGUCCCAUCUGUAAUACUGUAACAGAUAAUAUACAAUGAAAUGUCUGUUUUUAAUAAAAGUGCAGAUUUACAACA